AUGCUAUUGUUGUUCACUGGAAGGUUCACCCACAACGGCGUGCAUAAUUAUCGCCGGAAUAGUCUUCCUUAUCAUCUUUUGCUUGAUAAUGUUUGCAUUAUUGAGUGCUGGUGUCGAUUUCGAGGCAACAUUUACGGAACCUGGCAUGCAAUUUUGAAGCGAACAGCAAAUCACGGUGAUUCAACAUGUUGUUAUGCUCCAAAAAAUGAACUUGUGUAUUUAUCUUCAGUUGUUUUGAUUAGACUGUAG